AGAUCAAAGACACUGACAGGAGAAAAUGUCAUACCUGAGGGGGUUUGUUGCUUUCAACCUUGGUGCCGUUUUCCUUAUUGCCAAAUCCAGUCAUGGUUCUGAGAUUAUCAAUGGGAAAGAAGUGAAGCCACACUCCUUGCCUUUCAUGGCUCUGCUGGAAUCACAUGAGUCAGUUUGUGGAGGAACUUUAAUUGAUUCCAAGUGGGUUCUGACUGCUGCGCACUGCGAAGGCAUGAGCAUUGCAUUCCUGGGAGUGCACUCCAUCUCAAGCCACACUGAAGGAAAGUACAGGCAGAUCCUCAGAGUGGCGAGGCGUUUUCCUCAUCCUCAUUAUAAUCCCUAUACAUAUGACAAUGAUGUCAUGUUGCUCAAGGUAAGUUUGCUUUCCAAAAGGAAUGAUUUCAUCUGUUUAAAAUAACAUUUCAUACAUAGGGGACAUAUUUAAAAUUAAGACUCUACUUAUAUCAAGCUGAUUCUUAUUUCACAAUUUACUUUCAAUUAAUUAUCUUUCAUUUACUGAUGUCUUGAAACAUCCAUCCAUUUUCUGUACAUCCUUGUCCCUA